UUCGGGCGAGUAGACGCAUUGACUGUCUGUAGCUAAUCACAAUGUUGUGGCUUCUAACGCUGGUCCUGGGUUACGUGGCUUAUCUGCUGGUGAGUUAUCAUCAGAAGCGCCAGCAGCUACUCGCGAUUCGCUCCAAGUUCGGGGCGCCCAGAUCGGAUUACUUUCUCGGGACGUUCUACAUGUUUAAGAACCGAAGCAUUCCAGACAUUUUUGACAUUGUGGUCGGUUUGCAUAAACGCUACGGUCCGGAUGUGGCCAUUAUCGGUGCGUUCAAUGAUCUUGUGCUCGAUCUGUCGAGCUCGAAGAAUGUCGAAAAGGUGCUGCUAGCGAAGACAACCAAAAAGUCGUUCGUUUAUGACUACCUGGAGCCAUGGCUCGGGACGGGGCUGUUGAUUUCGUUCGGCGAGAAGUGGUUCCAGCGUCGCAAGAUAAUCACCCCGGCAUUCCACUUCAAAAUACUCGAUCAAUUUAUGGACGUGUUCAACGAGGAGGCUGACAUACUGGUGGCGAAGCUGGCACGUCACGACGGGGGCCCGGAGUUUGAUAUCUACGACUACGUGACGCUCUACGCACUGGAUAGCAUUUGUGCCACUUCGAUGGGAGUGCGGAUUCACGCACAAGACGACCCGAACAACGAGUACGCCCAGGCGGUGAAGCAGAUGAGCAUUUUCUUCCUUCGCCGGGUGUUCAGUCUGUUGCGACAGUUUCCGGCACUGUUCUUCCUGUAUCCGUUCGCGCGCGAGCAAGGGCGCGUCAUUAAGAAGCUGCAUCACUUCACCAACUCGGUGAUAAGGAACCGGCGGGCACAGCUCGAGCAAGAGCAGCGUCUGGGUGCGGUGGAGUUCAACGUGAACGAGGAAGAUCUGUACUCGAAGCGCCGGAACACGUUCCUUGAUCAGCUGCUCAAUGUAACGGUCGAUGGGAAACCGUUAAGUGAUGCCGAUAUUCGGGAGGAGGUUGACACCUUCAUGUUCGAGGGUCAUGAUACGACCACGUCCGGGAUCUCGUUCACCAUUCUGCAUCUUGCGAAGCACCAGGACAUUCAGCAGCGGUUGUAUGAGGAGAUUGAUCGAAUGUUGGGUGUGGAUAAGCGAACCACUCCCCUGACGCACACGAUGCUUCAGGAGUUUAAGUAUCUGGAUAUGGUGGUUAAGGAAUCGCUACGGCUUGUCCCACCGGUACCCAUCAUCGGUCGCAAGCUACUGGAGGAUAUGGAAAUCAAUGGAGCCAUGAUUCCUGCGGGUACAUCGAUUUCCAUCAAAAUCUAUAACAUCCACCGCAAUCCGGCCGUGUUCCCGGAUCCGGAACGGUUCGAUCCGGAGCGCUUUUCGGAGGACAACGAGAUAAAGCGAGGGCCGUACGAUUACAUUCCGUUCAGUGCGGGUUCGAGGAACUGUAUCGGGCAGCGUUAUGCACUGUUGGAGAUGAAGAUCACGAUCGUGAAGCUACUGGCUAACUAUCGCAUUCUACCGGGAGAAUCGAUUAAUCGCAUACGCUACAAGACGGAUCUGGUGCUUCGAUCGACUGAAGGUAUUCCGGUGAAGCUUGUGAAACGUGUUUGAAGCGUCGUGAGUUCCACCUUCAACUACAAUAGUGCCAUGUGUAGGAUAGCCAUUUACAGUUACUAUUCCCCCCCCGGUUUUGGAGCCUAUUUUUGUUUUGUUGUUAAAAAUUAAACCAAAGUUCAACGACUGGAAACAACGAA